AUGUUCUUCAAACGUCGGUCCCGAGCCAAUUCUUACGUCGACAACAGUGAGAACCCGCGCUCGCAGUCAUUCGACGAUUACACAGAUAAGCGCCCCGAGUCGAGCCGUAAGGAGUCCCACCACAGCCAGCCCUUUUCCCCUACCGAGGAGCCGGACAUGUAUCCCCGCCAGCAGCAACCCCAAGAGCCGACGUACGCGCAGAGUGCUCCCCCAACCCACAACAACAUGCCCAUCCGCUCCCAGCAGGUGCCCCCGACCGGCAGCAGUGCCCCGAUGGGGCUCGGUAUGCCCGACCUCAUCACCGCUGCCUUCAACCAGGCCGUCCAGCCCUACACGGAGAAGAUCGAGCAGCUCGAGAGCCAGCUCGCCGACAUGCAGAACUGGGUCGACCAGCUCGAGCAGCAGCGCGCCGAGGUGCACAACUGGAUCGACAAGCGCGGACUGCGCCCAGAUGUUCCUGCCUCCAUUGCUAAGAUCAUGGACACGACCACCGCCGACGCUGCGCCCACACUCAACGCCCAGCUCGACCGCAAGAUCACCAUCGUCAACUUCGACCUGCACCGCCUGCAAGACGACCUCAACGAUUCCAUCUCCUCGUCACACUUUGCCUCGGCCAUGCUGAAGUUCCUGCCCGACAUCCAGCGCCUGACUCUCCUCCCGUCCGGCCCGCGCUACGCCUUCGACCUCAUCCUGAAGCUCGGCGGCAACCUCAACUCACACGGCGGCAUCGACAGUGCUGACGCCGGCGACAUAGCAGCCCGCCGCGACUUCUACAACCGGCUCGACGAGACCAUGGUCGAUGUCGUGCAGCGCCGCUUCGGCGAGGGCGAGGGCUGGGACGUCAAGCGCGAGAUCAAGCGCAUCGAGAAGACGGCCAGCUACCUCAAGACCUACGGCGUCGAGCCAUACUUCCCCUCAACGCUGGAGAUGAUGAAGCGCGAGAUGGAGUUCCAACCGCACCCCAACGGCGGUGUUCCCAAUGGCGGAACAGGAACCCCACCGCGGUACCAUUAG